AUUCAAUAUCAAUUACAACUCUCCCAAGCCUUGUGAUCUAUGUAUUCUCACCAGAAGCCAUCGGCAAUAUGAAUCGGUGGACUCCGGCCGGCAAUCUGAAUCGGUGGAAAUCUCCGCCUCAUGGAGGCGAACACAAGAAGUGGUGGAAGAUCGCCUGAAGCAGCAGAAGAAAUCCUCCAGAAUGUCAGGCGUCUACUAGGGUUUUUGCGUCGCGAAGGAUAUGUCUUUUCCGGCGAGGCAAUACGCUAUUUCCGGGAUGGUAAACCACUCCAUCUCGUGCCUUCGUUCGUCCAGCGCCAGUCCAUCGCCAUCAAAAUCGAGAGGAUCGGACGCCAUUGUCGCAAAGUUGCGAUCGCGAAGCAGUUUCGUCUUCGACAGCGCCGGAGGCCACCUACGCCGGCAAUGGACAGCCACACCUCUCUGGGGCCUCCGCGGGGACUUAAAGAAGCGAUUGCAAUGCUCAGAUUGCCAAUCGGGCGUCGGUGGAGCACCCCCGCGAUUGCGAUCGCCAUGCUCAGAUUGCAACGGGACUGCGAAGAGUGGGGUAGGUGUGGCGUCGAUGGGUGUGAUGAGGCUGGAGCUGGUGAUGAAGUCGAUUGUGCGGUGGUUAUGGCUGGUGUGUUAGGUAUUUACGGAUUGAUUAUCGCUGUGAUCAUCAGUACCAAGAUCAACCCCAAGACCAAAUCGUACUUUCUCUUUGAUGGCUAUGCUCACCUUUCCUCUGGUAUUGCUUGUGGCCUUGCUGGCCUUUCUACCAGUAUGGCAAUCAACAUUGUGGGAGACGCCGGUGGUUGAGUAUGCUGUUGUGACGGAGUCUUCCUCGUCAGUGGAAGUUGCUGGUGGCGGAGGCUUGCUGGUGAUCCAGUAAUGGCGCCGGGUGGUCUCAGACUUAGUGCUGGCCCUUACAUGGUUUGGAGACUCCAGCCAAUGUAGUGGUGGUGCCGGGGAGUCAACAAUUUCGACCUAAUUUUGACCGUUUGGAGAAAGAAUGCGAAGCAUUGAUAGAGAUGCAAAAGACCGAGAGACAGAGAGGAAGGGUAAAAUUAGAAAUAAAAUAUAAAAUCUAUUCCUGAGAACUCAGGAAUAGGUUAAUACCGGGGGCCCUAGUAAUAGCUAUUUCCCUUGCAGGGGGAAUAAGCCAUUCCCAGGAAUAUUGUUCAUGGGAAUAAAA